AUGAGGGAAAUCGUUCACAUACAAGUCGGAAGAUGUGGCAAUCAAAUUGGAGCAAAGUUCUGGGAGGUGAUAUCAGAUGAGCACGGCAUCGACAACGAAGGUUGUUACAAAGGCGACUCAGAUCUGCAACUCGAGAGAAUUAACGUAUACUAUACCGAGGCGUCCGCCUACAAGUACGUGCCACGGGCGGUCCUAGUGGAUCUCGAGCCAAGCACCAUGGAUUCCAUACGGGGCGGACCUUUCGGAGCAAUUUUCCGGCCCGACAACAUCGUAUACGGAAUGACUGGUGCAGGCAACAACUGGGCUAAGGGCUACUACACGGAGGGUGCAGAUUUGCUUGAGCCGGCUCUGGACGUUGUGAGGAGGGAAGCCGAGGGCUGCGACUGCCUCCAAGGGUUUCAACUGGUCCACUCGAUAGGCGGCGGCACGGGCUCCGGCUUGGGAACGCUACUCCUGACCAAUUUAAGGGAGGAGUAUCCCGACAGGAUCGUAUCUACAUUCUCGGUCGUGCCAAGCCCCAAAGUCUCGGAUACUGUAGUAGAACCAUACAACGCCACGUUGUCCCUCAACCAGCUCAUUGAAAACACCGAUCAGACCUUCUGCAUAGACAACGAGGCGCUGUACGACAUCUGCUUCAGGACGCUGAAGCUCACCACGCCGACGUACGGCGACCUGAACCACUUGGUGUCCGCCACCAUGUCGGGCGUGACCACGUGCCUCCGCUUCCCCGGCCAGCUGAACGCCGAUUUGAGAAAGCUGGCGGUGAACAUGGUGCCGUUCCCGCGGCUGCACUUCUUCAUGCCGGGCUUCGCGCCGCUCACGUCGCGCGGCAGCCAGCAGUACCGCGCCCUCAGCGUGCCGGAGCUGACGCAGCAGAUGUUCGACGCCAAGAACAUGAUGGCGGCGUGCGACCCGCGCCACGGCCGAUACCUGACCGUCGCCGCAGUCUUCCGCGGCCGCAUGUCCAUGAAGGAGGUGGACGAGCAGAUGCUCAACAUCCAAACGAAGAACAAAGACUUCUUCGUCGGCUGGAUACCGAGCAACGUUAAGACGGCGGUCUGCGAUAUUCCACCCAGGGGGCUCAAAAUGUCGGCCACGUUCAUCGGCAACACAACCGCCAUACAGGAGAUCUUCAAGCGCAUUUCGGAGCAGUUCGCGGCUAUGUUCAGCAGGAAGGCGUUCCUGCAUUGGUACACUGGUGAGGGUAUGGAGGAGAGUGAUUUCGUGGAGGCGGACCACAACAUGAGCGACCUGAUAUCGGAGUACCAGCAGUACCAGGACGCGACGAUUGGUGACGAGGAGUUUGAAGACGAGGAAGUCGCACCUAAUGACGACAGCGACGAG